CUUCCAUUGUUGAUUCAAUGAAAGAAAUUAUCAAGAAAUAUUUGUCAAGAUGUCACUAAUUUGAUUCAAUGGAAGAAAUUAUCUAGAAAUAUUUGUCAAAAUGCUACUAGUUUGAUUCAACGCGUUAACGAAAUCGCCUUGAAAUAUUUGUCACGCUUCCAUUGCUUUGAUUGAAGAUUUCCCACAAUGUCGGCCUCAGAGUUGGUGAUGAAAGCCUUGAGGGUGAGGAAAAUCCUGAUCCGUCUGGGCCGAGCCAAGGAGAACACAGUCCGUGAGAUGGUCGGCCUGCCCCCCGUGACCAGCUGGUUCAGACAAUGUUGUGACGGCAUCUCCUCCUCCAUUCGGGAGACCAUCUGUAGGGCCUUCUGUCCCUGCUGUGUUGAGGUCCCCACAUUCGCCGAGUUCUGUUGCCCUAAAGGAAGUUUGGGCUUCAAAUGUUGUAACGACGGCUUCUACCCGAACACCAUCAUCAAAAACUUCCUCGGCUUCUGUUUCGGUCUUCUGCUGUCCAUGGCGAUAUUUUUCUUCCUUUGUUUGCAGCUUGAGGCCAACAUGGAGUUUGCCCUGGUCGUGUGUGUCAUCUUAGGACUGGGACUGUCCAUUGGUCUGGCAUUUUUCAGAGGAGUUCGUUGUAUCGUGUACCUGGCCUUACCUAACUUCUGCUCUAGUAAAGGGAGGUCAUUCCUCAUCAUGUACGCCAUGGUGCUAGUGAUGAACCAUCCUGUCCACAAUUUCUCCAGCAAUAUGGACGUGCUGUCUGACGCUGUGACGUGUGGCCAGAGCAUGGCACUCAACGAGACCAAGAAGCUGGUCGAGGCAGCGGCGUCACCACUCUUGUCGGUCAUCACGGGCAUCAAAAAAAUGUUGGUGGCGGUGAAGAAGUUUGCCGAUGACGUAAGGGAUGCCUUCAAGGCGCUGCUGCGUGCUGUAGAGGAGAUCGUGGCUAUCGUGGGGCGGGUCUUCGAGUGGUUGCGCAACAUGGUCAACGUCUGCAACGACAACCUGGGCCAGCCGUACCGGAAGUGUAAAAAGGCAUUUGAUGACGGCUAUAGGGACUGCUGUAAUGCUAUGAGUAUAUUUGACUUCGUCUGUGGAAUCGUCACACUGGUUAGCUAUGUUUGCUACAUCGCCAAGAUCACUGAGCUGCUGUGUUUGAUUGUGGGCAUCAUUAAAGACUUUAUUGUCUCCAAGGUAGCUCGUCCACUUGUGUCCAAGAUGUACAACGUGAGGGACAUGUUCUACUUCAAUGUGACGCUCGACUACCACUUUACUUACAACAUGAACCAGUCCAGGCCCUACAGUGAAAUCAGAGAAGCGAUUUUACGCGAAAUCCGCGAGAAACUGAGCGUGUUUGACAUCAUCCAAGCUAUCAUAGAUAACGUCAUGGCCUUUACCAUACUGCUGGUUGUGGUCAAGGCGGUCAUGUACAGGAGGGGAUACUUGUAUAAAGACCACUACGACAACGUCUACGUGACUAACCAUCUGCUUGAUAUCGACGCGAAGAGGAAAGAGAUGAAAAAAGAUACGAUAAUGCCCCUGAAGGUGAUGGAGACGUUCAAGUACAUCCCAACCUUUUCCUACAUGAUGACUAAAAGCGAGAUCAAAAAGUUGAUCAAAGGCGUUAUGUUCUGGCUGUUUGCCGCCUUCCACGCCACCUACUACAUCAUCUGUGACUACGGGCUCUACUGGAUCCUCUCCCUCAUCAGACGACACAUGGACGUCCGGACCAGCGCAGCCGUACCCCCACACCUGCAGCUGCACGUGCAAGGUCAAGGUCCAAUGGCAGAUAUGUACAAGGCAAUGGUCGGGGUCAUUGAACCAGUGGCAGACUCCGGCCUUGACAUUGACACCAGCCCGUGCCUACCUCACGCGAAAGAGCCCAACUUCACGGCCUACAAGACCAUCGCUGGCAUCAUGUGUAUCUGCUUCUUCCUGACGCUCUUUGAGGCCUACGGUCUCCGGCUCCGGCACGUAGUGGCCGCAUGCUACUACCCCGUGAGAGAGAAGGCUAGGGCCGUCUGGCUCUACAAUCAUAUCAUGCUGAGAAGAGAUGGUUUUCUAGUUACCAUGAGACGUCAACUUCAAAGAAAAUGGAAGAAUGAAAAGGGCAUAGAAAAACUCAGUAUUCUCAGUAGUCUAGAGGCCAAUUUUCCGUGCUGCAAGAUUGUAACCAAACUGAUGGGCCGCAAGAGGAAGCGCUGUCUGUGUUGUGGUAAAGAAGGAAAGGCUAAAGACACAGAGAACUUUGUUGACUGCGUCAACUGUAAAGCGCCAUACUGCAACGAUUGCUUCGUUGAGUUAGGAAACGUCUGCACUGCUUGUAUGAACCCAGUUGAUUACGGUGACCCGGAUGACUUGAGUGUUGAAACUGAUUCGAGCGAAGACGAGGCGGACAAGGCAAUUCGUGUCGCAUCACUCAAGGCACGGAAACAGAAGGUCCUGAAGAAACGUCAGGACAGAAGACCCAGCAAGGUUUUGUCCGCGUUCCAAAAACGUUUCGGCUCGAAAGAAGGGGAGCAAACCGAUGUGGAGAAACAGGAAGUGUCGUCAGACGAAGGGGAGACAAGCUCCGAGUACAACACCGACUACCAGCACGGCAGCGCCGAUACGUCGGAGGAGGACGUCAAGCCACGCCUUAAAACAACGGUGAAAAAAUCGGACAAAGUCUCGAUGGAUAUAUUUAAAAGAAAGGACAGUAGAUAAGAGAGGAGAUCAGUUUGGUUACUGUUAAAAA